CCGUGAGUGGGGCGAAGGAACCGGAAGUAGGCACAAAAUAAGACGGCAGCGGUUUACACCAUGACACCACACUUUUUAAAAUGAUAACAAACCAAAUAUGAGCGAGUACUUUGUUUUUGUUAAAUAUUGUCAUGACGGGACCUGCGUUUAUCUUCACAUAGGCGGCUAUCCUUCUGGUUUUAUAACUGUUAAAGACUGACACUCUGUUGGAGGAUGGACCCUGUAGUGCUGAGCUACCAGGACAGCCUGUUGCGGCGCUCUGAUGUGUCCUUACUGGAGGGACCUUACUGGCUCAAUGACCAAGUCAUUGGUUUUGCCUUCGAGUACUUUGCUGCCGAGCGCUUCAGAGUCCUGGGGGACACCAUCACCUUCAUCAGUCCGGAGGUCACCCAGUUCAUCAAGUGUGCUUCCUGCCCUGAUGAGUUAGCCCUGUUUCUGGAGCCACUGGAUCUCGCCUCUCGACACUGGGUCUUCUUAGCCGUCAACGACAACUCCAACCAGACUGCCGGUGGGUCCCACUGGAGCCUCUUGGUCUACCAUCACAACUCCAACCACUUUGCACACUAUGACUCUCAAAACGGCAGCAAUUCUCUUCACGCACGGCGCAUCGCCAGCAAGUUAGAGCCCUUCUUGGGCGCAGGGAGGAAAGCGCUGUUCGUGGAGGAGCCCUGCCCGUCACAGCAGAACAGCUACGACUGCGGCAUGUAUGUUAUCUGUAUCGCCGAGGCCUUGUGCGAGAAGGCCAGGGUGGAGGGCUCACCGCGUCUUCCAGUGCAAAUCAUCACCCCAGCCUACAUCACCCAGAAGAGGGCUGAGUGGUGCAGACUGAUCCAGAGUCUAUCUCAGAAUGACCUCUGCUGCUCGCUGUCUUUUCCUUAGCACGUUGAUUGCCCGACACUAUAUGCAGAACAGCUGUCAGCCCCUACAUAUCUACUGCUGGAGCACCUGAAUGCACUCCUUCAAUACAGUAUUUAACUAUAUAUGACGUUAAUUUCUAUUACUAUCAUACUCCACAACAGAAAAAAAGUCAAAAAUAAACGCAAUGUUACGAAUGAUUGAUGGAACACGUGGUGUCAUGUUUAUGCCUUGUAUCUGCACAGCAACAUACAAUAUGUAAACCUGAACACCAGCAUGCCGACAGAGGAGUUUACUCCCAUGUACAUAUGUAGUGAGGAUGAAGAAUAUGUCAUGUCAAAGAGGAGGCACGGACGUUUCUUUUCUCCAUUGUAUGAGUUUGGGGCGAAUGUAGAAAUGUUUACACAGAUUAUUGCUCAGGGUCAUUUUAAAUGAACUAGAAUUGACGAUAAGAAUGUGAAUCUUAACUUUGGCUCCUACUUUAUGUUACAUGUUCAUUCUGUUUCUCACAACUACAAACUUUUUGAAAGAAAACUGCUGUAUGAGGGUAAGAUGUGCAGUGUGUGCUGUUACUGUUUACGGGACAAAGGGCAGAGUCGAGUGGUGGAAUGUAUGAUAUGAUCUCACUAAAAGUAAGUAUCAAACUUAGUGUCUGUUGAUCUAAUAAAUUUUGUUGUCACAUUUUUGCUGACAAAAUGGUA